UCCUUCGCCCUCUCUCUCUCUCCUAAGACUCCAGGAUGGAUAUUUUUUAACUGAUCAAUUUCGAUGCACAUUCACCUUCUGAAAAACAAGGGAGUCUCUGCGGCGGAGAUGAAGCCCGUCUUUAAUCGAAGCUAUCACCCCUCAGUUUAGGAAAGCCGCUGUGUUUUUAAACGCGGAUUUGAUCUUGUAAAUAUCUCUGAAUGUUUUUUGUUUUUUGUUUUUUUUCCACUGGAUAGACUGUGUGCGAGAGAGAAAUGUAUGCAAAAUGGGGGGGUCGGUUCGUUUAUGUAUCUUUCAAUAGCAGAACGCGAGGAUGUUUUUAAUAACACAAGGGAAUAUAUUUUAAUACAUAUUAUUAUUAUUAUUAUUAUUAUUAUUAUUAUUAUUAUUAUUAGAUACACGUUAAAUCUGAUCCACCACAUUCCGGAUUGUUGUUUUUCCUCUUGUAAAUCCGGCGAUGCGCACAAAACAAAUUGAGGAAGUCAGUAUACUGCUAUUGUCAAUAUUCUUAUCAGUGUUAUCAUUUGUAUAAUAAUAAUAAUAAUAAUAAUAAUAAUAAUAAUAAUAAUAAUAAUAAUGCAAAGGCUCUGAUAUCCCUCAUUCCCGAUCGUUGCGCGCUGUUCGUUUCUGCUGUUCGAUGUUUUUUUAUUUCACCCCUCGACCACCCCAAAAUGCGGAUCCAUUGAAGAGACGCAGCCCGGCUAAUCAGGGAAAAGAAACCCGGGGACUUUAACACAGAGCAGAGACACCCAUCGAUCGAGGAGAGGGGAGAGAAUGACCGCUGUGUGCUUUAGAACUGAUCGGAUUCUGUAAAUAUAUACACGAGAGAGAGAGAGAUAGCGCUAAAGAAAUAUAAUUGAAUAUACAUAUAGACGCACUGGCACUCAGGGAACAUGUCAUCCAGAUCAGCGCUACCUUCCGGGAAUGAACGGAAUGCAGAUCAUCAUGCCUCUCUGACAGGAAGCCGCUCUGAGAAGGGCUCUGGUUGGUCAAGCCGGUCGCUGGGCGCUCGCUGUCGGAACUCCAUCGCCUCCUGCACAGACGAGCAGCCGCACAUCGGCAACUACCGUCUGCUCAAGACCAUCGGCAAGGGCAACUUUGCCAAGGUCAAGCUGGCCAGACACAUCCUCACAGGCAGGGAGGUUGCAAUAAAAAUCAUUGACAAAACCCAGCUGAACCCGACCAGCCUGCAGAAGCUCUUCCGGGAGGUGCGGAUAAUGAAAGGCUUGAAUCAUCCCAACAUAGUGAAGCUGUUUGAAGUGAUCGAGACGGAUAAGACUCUCUAUCUGGUCAUGGAGUAUGCCAGCGGGGGUGAAGUGUUUGACUACCUCGUAUCUCAUGGGAGGAUGAAGGAGAAAGAGGCACGAUCCAAAUUCAGACAGAUCGUGUCGGCUGUGCACUACUGUCACGAGAAGAACAUCGUUCACAGGGACCUCAAGGCUGAGAACCUGCUCCUCAAUGCUGACUCCAAUAUCAAGAUCGCUGACUUUGGCUUCAGCAACGAGUUCACUCUGGGCUCCAAGCUGGACACCUUCUGCGGCUCGCCUCCCUACGCAGCCCCCGAGCUCUUCCAGGGCAAGAAAUACGACGGGCCUGAGGUGGACAUCUGGAGCCUGGGAGUCAUCCUCUACACCCUGGUCAGCGGAUCACUGCCCUUCGACGGGCAGAACCUCAAGGAGCUGAGGGAGAGGGUGCUCAGAGGGAAGUACCGCGUCCCCUUCUACAUGUCCACUGACUGUGAGAACAUCCUGCGCCGCUUCCUGGUGCUCAACCCAACCAAGCGCUGCACCCUGGAGCAAAUCAUGAAUGACAAGUGGAUCAACACUGGCUAUGAGGGGGAUGAGCUGAAACCACACCUGGAACCACAGGAGGAUUACAAUGACGCCAAACGCAUCGAGGUGAUGGUGGGGAUGGGAUACUCUCGUGAAGAGAUCAGAGACGCUUUGACCAAUCAGAAAUACAACGAGUUGACAGCAACGUACCUGCUGCUGGGGCACAAGAACCAAGAGCUGGAUGGCCUAGACUCACGCUCUGGCAGCAGCCUCUCUCUGGCCCGGCUCCGCCCCAGUAAUGACAUCACCAACGGAACCAGCAAGCACCCGACAUCAUCGACGACGUCAUCGUCAUCCUCGCACAGCAAGAGCCAGCGCAGCUCCUCCACUUACCACAGGCAGCGCAGGCACUCGGACUUCUGCGGCCCCUCCCUCCCGGCCGCUCUCCCGAAGCGCAGCUCCCCCAGCACGGGGGACUCUGAUCUGAAGGAGGAGCGCAUGGUGUCCCGCAAGGCGAGCUGCAGCGCGGUGGGGAGCCGCACCAUCCCCCCGAGCAGCCCCAUGGUGAGCAGUGCCAACAACCCCAACAAGGCAGAGAUACCGGAGAGGCGCAAAGAGGCCAGCGUCGCCACUAAUAACAUCCCAGCCAGCGCGAUGACCCGGCGGAACACAUAUGUGUGCACUGACCGCUCGAGCACCGAGAAGCACUCUCUGCUGCAGAACGGCAAGGAGAACAGCACCGUGUCUCACCGUGUCCCGCCCCCCUCCCCCUCCUCUCACAGCAUUGCUGCGGGGGCGUCCUGCUCCUCCUCCUCCAGCGGGGAGCGCUCUCGCCUCUCUCGCGGCUCCUCCAUCCGCAGCACCUUCCACGGAGGGCAGCUCCGGGACCGGCGGGGACCCUCACACCCCCCCACGUCCCCCACCCUCUCCCACGAUGCCUCCCCCCUGCCACAUGCACGCAGCCGGGCCACAUCCAACCUAUUCAGCAAGCUGACCUCCAAACUGACCCGCAGGGUCACUCUUGACCCGUCUAAACGACAGAACUCAAACAAAUCUGUCUCCGGCUGCCCUCUACCGCAGGCAUCUAAAACAGUUAACGAACCUGAGAGAGUCUGCAGACCUCCGAUCACAAGUGGCUCUGUACCUGGGGAUUCGAAAGCGCUCGAGUCCGGGGGGAGCGGGCGGGGACCUGGCUGGAGUGUGAGGGUGGGGCGGGACCCCUCGGAGGUGCUCGGGGCGGUGAGGGAGGGGGCUCAGGGCUGUGGGUGUCAGGUUCACCAGGCCGGCCCGUUCCUGCUGUCCUGCACGCAGGGGGUGGGGGGAACGCGCGUGGUGUUUGAGGCGGAGGUGUGCCAGCUCCCCGCUGGACCCCUCCUCACCAGUGCAGUGCGCUUCCGAAGACUCUGGGGGGCGCCCACGGGCUUCCGGGACAUCGCCAGCCGGAUCAGCAAGGAGCUGCACCUCUAAGGGUGGGGUGUGGGG